CAGUUUGUAUAUUUUUCUUUCUAAAAAACCCUCUUGCCUCUGCCUCAGGUAACCCUCUCAGUCCUGUUCCUCUCAAAUCCACCGGAAUCAUUCCGUCGUCGGUCAUCUUCAUUUAUCUCAUUUCUUAAUUCUGAAUUCCCAACUUUUGCUUUUUUCUCUCCACUUGUGUCAUUAAUUAAUACAAUCCAACCGCUCAUCGUCGAUUUGAUCGUAUUCCAAUAAACGACCGACGUAAUGAUUAUGUGGUCUCAGGAAACAGAAUUCUUGCCUCUGAUUUAAUUAGGGUUUCCAAAAGGAACAAAUGUCACAGCAACAGCAACAGCAAGUUGUAGGUGACAACAACAACAACAACGGUAGCAGGACUGACAGUAAUAUUCCAGUAAGUGAAGUGUAUUGGUCGCUAGUAGAGAGAGCUGAUAAGAAGUUUUCUAAGAUCAGAGACUUGCCUUAUUAUGAACGCAACAGGUAUGAUACAUACUUUUACAAGGUAUUCAAAGUGUAUACACAAUUAUGGAAGUUUCAACAAGAGAAUCGGCAGAAGCUUAUAGAAGCUGGGCUCAAGAGAUGGGAGAUUGGGGAAAUUGCUUCUCGAAUUGCUCAACUCUAUUAUGGGCAAUACAUGCGUACAAGUGAUGCAGGUUAUUUAUCAGAAUCAUACAUAUUCUAUGAAGCAAUAUUAAGUCGGGAGUAUUUCAAGGAGGGGUUGUUUCAAGAUCUCAAUCUUGCAAACAAACAGCUGAGGUUUUUUGCCAGGUUUUUAAUGGUGUGCCUGGUGUUGAAUAGACGAGAAAUGGUUCAUCAGUUGGUUAAUCAACUCAAACUGUUGGUUGACGAAUGCAGGAGGACAUUCCAGGAAACUGACUUUAAAGAGUGGAAGCUGGUGGUUCAGGAAAUAAUUAGAUUUUUGAAAGCUGACUCGGCUUUUAUGAAUAUCAGGCCUUUAAGAUAUAGUCUCGUUCUGGACCCGCAUCCAGAUUCACUACUGCGUGUUGCAACAAGGAGAAACUUAAGAUUACGAGAUGCAAUACUAACUAGCUACCAUCACAAUGAGGUUAAGUUUUCGGAGCUCACUCUAGACACAUUCAGGAUGCUUCAGUGCUUGGAGUGGGAACCUAGUGGUUCAUUCUACCAAUCAAAUAGUAUUAAAUAUGGUCAGAAUGGGGGUCCGGGGCCUAGUCGCAUUAACUACACUCAUGAUAUAACUGAUCCUACAUUGCCACCAAACUCUCGAAAAGCUGUCCUGUAUCGUCCAUCCAUUACACAUCUUUUAGCAGUUCUGGGUAUGAUUUGUGAGGAGCUGCCUGCUGAUGGAGUUCUCUUAAUAUAUCUGUCAGCUUCAGGAAGAGUUGGACAAACUAUUUCAUCUCCAGUUGCUGGAACUUCUAUCACCACCGCAGAUAAUGUUGUGAGGAACUUGUACUCAGAUACUGCCUCUACGUCUCCAUUUAGUUCACCUAGCAAUUGUCCAAACCCUUCUUCAAGGCGAUGUAAAGGAGACUGCUUAUAUUUUGGUGCUCGUGGAAAUGGAGGAUUAAACAGCGUUUACCCCACUGAUUUAGUUCCAUUUACGAGAAGGCCACUUUUUAUAGUUAUUGACAGUGAUGUUAGUGAAGCAUUCAAGGUUAUAAGCGGAUCUGAAAAAGGGGAACCAGCUGCCAUCCUCCUCUCUCCAAGCUGUUCAACUCCCCUCACUGCAGUCGAAUCUUCUCGUCAUCAGAGUGGUAGUCUAUUCACUCUUUUUCUGACAACUCCAUUGCAGGCUUUUUGUUUGUUGAUUGGUUUGUCAGGCUCUGAUAUUGAAAUGGAUACAUAUAAUAAGGCUGAGGCAUUACUGUCUUCAUCCUUGAACGACUGGGGAUCAGCUUUGGCAACUUCAGACACUCUGGAUCCUGUUUGGGCUCAAAUUUUAGGCGAUCCAUUCCUUAGGCGACUAUUAGUGAGGUUCUUAUUCUGUCGGGCAGUAUUAACACUGUUUGGACCAUCCUUUGGCAAGAAGGAGUGCCAUCCUGAUUGUAUACCUUCUCUUCCAGCAUCUCUCCAGCCCACUGCUACUGCAUCACAAACUGUAAUUUUGCAGAUGGCCAACAUUUUCGGUGCAACAAAGAAAUUCUUUUUCUCUGAAGGGACUGUGCUCCCUGAAUAUAAACACAGUGACGUAGAGAUGACUUCGGUAUCAUGAAGCUUUAUAUAUUAUUGGAGAAAUUGGAUUUGAAAAAUGUAAAGUUUAUUACUCACCUUCUUGUUUGAUUGGAUUGUGAUGCUCUUCAGCAUUUCUCAGUAAUGAAUCCUGCAGAAAUUCAGGCAAAUGUUGCUUUGAAGUUUGUAUGACGGAACAGUUUUGUGGGGGGAUGGAACAAGAGCCUGACUUACUCAUCCCAGUAGCCCGGGCGAGCGGCGAGCUUGUUUCUUCUCUCCUUGGGGCCUACUUCUUUGAAGUUUGUACGUUAUACAAGCCUUUUGGUUUAGAGUUCAUGGCCCAAAUCAAAGUAAAAACAGGCCCAUCAAUUGGAUUCCGAAAUUCCAAUCCGGCUUCCAGUCAAUUUCAACUGGUUCAACCUGUACAAGCACUAUCCAUCCACACUUUCCUCUUUCUUCUACUGUAAUCUAUACAGCAAAAAGAAAAAAGAAGAUUUAACUGUUAAUGAUGUAUUGAUAAGCUAGUAGUAGUAAAUGGCCACAAAGUAUUUACUCUCAAUCUGUAUCUUUCAUCUAUUGUUAAUCGCUCCUCCAGUUCUCUCCGGGUCUCGUCGCCCAAUAUCUUGUGGACUCUGUAUUGAAAUUUGUAGGAAACAGAAAUAAGGCAAAAGAAGAACGAGUGCUAUGCUGAUAUAGAGAGGGUUGUGUAAAUUUAAUAAGAAUUGAUGAUGGUAAAACAGUGGCCUUUGGGGACAGCAAUGCAAAUCCUCCAUGACUGCUAAAGAAAAUUGUGCUUUACGCUGUCUUUCUCCUAUUUGUUAUCAGCUUAUUUACGAGAGCGAUCCGCUGGAAGAGGGAGAGAAGGAUCACUCUAGAAGCCAAGAAUACAAGUAUUGUAUGUAUAAAGACGGGUGAAAACAUGAUUGUUCUUUAGAUGUAAGGAAUGCAAGUCUUACCACUAUUUCCAGAAGCAGGAUGAAAGAAACUUUGGCAGGAAUCGUUUCUAGGUUUGCACGCAUCAAGGGAUUCACUGGGAGAGUCCCUUGAGGGUAUUAAGGGAGUCUUUGAGUAUUAAGUUAUGCAAUUCAAACCAGACAGAAUAUUUAGCCCUAGUGGAGAAUCACUUGCUGCAUAAAUUUAGCUGCAAAGUAUAUGUUUAUGAUAAAAUAUAUUGGCUUAAGAUGUCAAUGAUCUCAUUAUUUUCAGUGCAUUAGCUCUCUAACUCCAAUAUGUCCUGCUCUGCUGAAAAAAGUUAUCAUGGCAACAAGAAUGAUUAGUUUGUGGUGUUGUACCAAUAUACUUUUUUCUUUUCCUUUUUAAAUAUUUAAGGCUCUGUUUGUUUUGUGAAA